AUGUCGCGGUCAUCGACUUGGAAUCGCAAGAAAUACGGUCGUGAGGCAUCGGAACCAAUGGAGGAAUCUGAUGCGAUACUCCUCAACAAAACGAACAAUGACGGUGCCCGCCUGUGCAGGACCCAAACCAAAGUCACGCCCGCAAGACGGCGGCGACGCUCCGCCCGUCCCAACGCCCGCAGACAACCAAUGUUGGAGUGGGACGAUCCUAAUCUCAACCCUGGCUUGGAGGACUUGAGACCGCCGUCUUCGCAGUCGGAAGAGGAAGACGAAGAUUAUAAAGGGGUGCCUGGCCUUGGACGUCGGACUGCGGCGAGGAACUCAUGGGGUCGAUAUUUGGUGCAGUCGGCACGGCAGUCGGCGAACCACACGAUGAGGCGGGAGGAAACGGCAGACUCGGUGCAGAUGUGGAGCCGGGACCAAAUACCGAGUGGCAAUCCGAGGAGGAUCAUCAACCAUGGACGCCCGGCAGGCGAGUCGUCGAGCACGGCCUCGGCACCCUCUACUGCGAAGGAGGAGAAGUUGAAGCAAAGCAUAGGCAAGAUAGAGGAUCGGGUCAAGAUUCUCAAGGGCCGGGAGGCGAACUGGAAGCGAGCCGAGGCGGGCGCUAUGCAACACCUCGCCGGAACGAUAGAGGCGUGGCACGCCCAGGACCCAACCAUCGGGCUGGCAAGUAUGCAAGCCCUGCCGCACAACACGCCCACGUGUGCGAGGCUGCUGCUCUGGAUGACCCGGAGCAUCAAGAAGAAGGAAACCGCCGGCCGGGAGCUAAAGCCCGUGCAGGACGAACUCGCCAGGGCGCAGCAUCACGCUGGGGUGCUGAGGAGGGAGAUCGAACUGGUGGAGGCGAGUCCGUGGAGAAACUUGCUCGCUGGCGCGACGGGUGUUGCUGAUCCCGAGAUAGCCGAGGCCGAGCGGUAUGCGGAGUGGGCAUACCAGCAGACGCUGCGAGGAGAUACCGGUGUCGAGUCGAUGCAGUCUUACGAAGGCGCUGUCCGGCACCCGGAUCCAACGGCUUCUGAAGCCGUUGUUCUGGACGCCGUUUCGAACAAGAAUGGAGAUGGGCAAUCUCCACCGCUGGUGAACCCGGUGAGGAUUGUCGGCGGGACACGGCCGCCACCCCCAUGUUCCAUCCAUCUUGACCGGCGGUGGAAUCCAUCCCUAGGCCCGCCCCGCUUUGAUCUGCCGGUGAAUCCGUCUCCCCCGGGCGUUUGUCCUGAUCAGCAAUUGAAUACAUACCAAGGGAACACUCGUUCUGACCAGCGACUGGAAUCCAAUUCAACGAAGAGGAAGCGAGAGAGCGAAAGGCAGCACAGCCAUGGUGACGGUGAUCGCUGGCUGGGCGGCACGGGAGGCCCCGACGCGUCGAGUGAUAGAGAAAGCAAGAGGAGAAAGAUGGGGGAGGAGAUGGAUGUAUACCUAGCCAGUGAGUUGGACAAGAUAUAUAGAGAGAGCGCGGCUUGGAAGGCUGGCUUUCUGAAUUGGGUCGUGGUUAAAGCCAGGCUCCUUCUUUUUGAGUAG